UGGGCGGGGCGUGUGUCAACAACGUUGUAGAAGAAACAGGGAAGUUUAUAUUUGUGGAUAUUGAAUAAUAAAGUUUAGUUUUCAUCGAAUUUUCUGGGAUGAUUCGAGCCUUGAAAGGCGUCAGACACAUGACAACCACCACAGUGAAGCAAGCAGUUUCAGAGCUCUCCAUACCGGUGCCGUGGGGGGAGAUCAGAGGUAAAGUCUGGGGUCCUGAUCACGGCCGGCCAGUUCUCUGCCUGCAUGGCUGGGCCGACAACUGUGGCAGCUUCAACACCCUCCUUCCUCUUCUGCCCAAAGAUUGCAGAUAUGUGGCGGUGGAUCUGGUGGGUCACGGCUGCUCAUCGCAUCGGCCCCCUGGGGUCCUGUACGCCUUUCCCUCCUAUGUGAUGGACAUACGCAGAGUCAUUGAUGCUCUGCAGUGGAGCAAAUUCUCCAUCAUCGGCCACAGCAUGGGGGGCAACAUAGGCGGGAUGUUCAGCGCCGUGUAUCCUGAGAUGGUGGACGCCCUCGUGCUGCUCGACUCCUACGGGUUUUUACCGACAGACACGAAAGAAAUGCCUGAAGUGUUGCGACAAGGGCUGGAGGACAUGAUUCAGUUUGAAAAAACUAUGGAAGGAAAGCAGAAGAGAGUUUACUCCCACGAGAAGGCCGUGGAGAGGCUGUUGGCUGGAAACAAGAGUCUGUCAGAAGAGUCUGCAACGAUCCUUCUGGAGCGAGCCUUAGUCCAAGUGGAAGGAGGAGUGAUGUUCUCCCGAGAUUUCCGGAUUAAUCUGAAAAACAUAGCGCGCAUAAGUUUGGAGCAGAGUCUGGAGAUGCGGUCGAGGAUACGGGCCUCGGUCCUGAUUAUUCUAGCAGACGGCGGCUUUGGGAGAAUGUUUCCCAACACAGAGGAGAAAUUGGUGUCUGCACUUCUUGAGGCCUACAAGGACGGAAAUAACGAGGUGGUGAGGGUUCCCGGCAAUCACCACGUCCACCUGAACGAGCCCGAGGUCGUGGCUCCGUUUGUGUCGAACUUCCUGCAGACCAAAGCACCGGCCAACUCAGCAGAACUAACAGGUGCUCAGACCUCCAGAUUAUAGCAAACAUAUCCUGUAUUUAAUCCACUUUUUCUAAGUUAAAACUACUGAACUGCUGCUACUAAACUGUUUACACUCUUCCAGGUGCUUUAGCGUAGCUCCCCUUGUCCGUGUAGCGGGAUCUGUUCAUCUUGAAAACGACUGUAACGUGGACUGAUCCUUGAAACAAGCUGGUGAACAACGUUAAAUUAUGUGUUUAACCAAAUUUAUCACGUGUUGUCAGCUCUUGUUUGACUCGUAAUGAUUAACUUGACGUUUUUUCAUUAAAUAACCUAAAUUCAAGGCCGUGUUGUUUUCUAUUAUCAGUCAGCGGAUGUGAUUUAUUUUGUACUUGAUCCAAAUAAAAAAAUAAAAAAUAGGUGUCAACAUGUGGUGAUGGAGACAAGAAAAAGUAUGUGAACCCCUUCGAAUGUACUUCUUUUUUGCAUUUAUUUGUUUUUUGUGUGUGUAAUAGUCUCAUAAACAGGGUCAGAGAUGUCUUCAGACCUUCAGCUGUAAAUAUCUUACUUUACUCUGCAGCAUUCAUUAAAAGCACAGGAAAUUAUAACUGUUAUCAGCUUACUUGUUAGUUAGAUAUAGAUCACAUCAUAUUUUAAGGGAAAUUAAUGGAAAACACUCGUAAAGUCAUACUUUUAUGUUACUGGGAAGGUCUUCGGGUAACUGAUGCACUUGGAAUAAAUAAACACUGGAUGAGAAUAAAUGAAUAAAUCUCUUU